CAAGCAGCGGCAGGCAGCAGCACAGGAAGAGGUCUCCGGCGGAGGAAAUCGCGCUCCGGAGCAAAGCGUACUGGCACGCACGUACAUUCACCACGCACAGACAAGGCGAGAGAGCCACGGCGAGGGAUAUCCUUCGGCGACCUUGGCAAGCAGGCACCCCCACCGAGCGCUCGUGGUGCUCUCCGACUUGGCCGGUCGGCCGCGCGUCCAUUCGGAGUACAGGUCGCACAAGUCGCCGCGACCAGGACGACUAGCGCCGAAGAAGAUGCCGCGAAGUUUGGAGGAAGACCGCUCGAUCGGCGUCGCGCCCCCAACGAGGUGACGGCCGCUGUCUGCACCGGAGAAACGAGAGGUCGACAGCCCAGACCUGGAACUAACGUGCAAGAAAGAAAGCGUUCGCGAUGACCCGUGCGGUAUUUCUGGCUACCUUCGCGCUGUGGGGACUCGUUGUGUGUAGACUAUGUGUCGCGGAAUAUGUGCCGAACCAAUCGGACAACGAGCCGAUUUACACGCAAGAGAGAGAAGGCAGAACAGAAGAUAACCCGGAGCAUCUGAAGCACCACGUCGAGAUUGUUUCCAGCUGGCCUAAGCCUUCGGAAGCAUAUACAGAAAGGACAUCGACGUCCCUAGACUCACCGGAUCCGUCAAACUAUGCUCGCCCCCCGAGCCGCCCUACCGGUGUCAAUCGCAACCGGCAGGCUCCGGUCACCGACAGCAACACCGUUGCCAGGUUCGUUAGCAAGCUGCAGAGGUCUCUCGAGCGUUCAACGCAGUUCAGAAGCAACGCCGACUACCACGCCUGCCUGAUGCCGAGCGGAAGCAAGGGCUGCUGCACUCCCGUUAGACUGUGCGUGCUGCCCGUGUUCCUAGACAGUCUGGACGUGUUUCUCAAGCACACGUGCGCUAUAGACAACGACCACAUCGGCGUGUGCUGUCCCACCGAGUUUGUGGCGAACACGAACAUACCUCGCCGACCGGAUGGGACCUUCGUCAUUGCCACCGUCCUUAAUCCCAGUCCUUCGCGACCGACUAGGAGCCCGACGGUGCACGUCGGCUUGACGGGUGGUUCACGGCCUGUGCAUCCUGUGCUGCACGAAGAACCGGGUUAUCCGGGCACUCCAGACCGCGGUGGUACCGACCAUCUGCUACAAACACUUUUCUUGCGGCGAAAGAGACACGUGGCACCAACACGCAACAACGGUGGCAGGCCGAGCAGCAAUCCCGGUGCCAAGCCGAGCGGCUAUCCCAGUUCCAAGCCGAGCGACUACCCUGACAGCAAGCCAAGUGACUACCCCGUCAGCAGGCCGAGUGACUACCCUGGCAACAGGCCGAACAGCCGUCCCGGUAACAAACCUCAGGAUGGCACCAGCACUAACCGGGCCACAACGAGGCGACCUGCGGCUAGGCCCGACACGGGCCCGCAUUCCCACAUGAAGAGGAACCCGACAAGGCCGGAGCCACCAGAGCUGCAGGAAAUGCGACAGUCCUGCGGAAUUCCUGUACUUCACAAGAGAAUCGUUCGGUGGGAAUGAAGCCAGUCCCAACAAAUGGGCGUGGAUGGCUGCCCUUCUGAGAAGAGACACAGGCGAGCUCUACUGCGGUGGAGCCCUCAUCAGCAACAGAUACGUCAUCACGGCUGCCCACUGCACAGACGGGUAAG